AUGUUUGCAUCCGACCCCUAUGCGCGGUCCUUGCCAUCAUAUGGCGGCUCCAACGGCCAAUACAGCUACAGCAGCUCGUACGGCGGCAAGGCUCGCCGCAGCACGGGGGGCGGCGUCGCCCCCGCAGCGCGCAGUGCGGUCGCGGGUGUUGCAUUGGCGCUGUUGAUCACCGGGGGGGCGCUGCUGUGGGCGCUGCAGCGCACGCGUGGGGAGAUUGCGGCUCUGGAGCUCCACGUUUCACACCUGGACCAUGAUUUAACGCAAGACAAGAACGCGCGCCACCAUGCAGAGGCGCAGCUGGACUCUGAGCGGCGCUACGGCAGCCACGCAGGCGGCAACUGGCAGCUGCAGCAGGACCUGCGGGCAGAGGAGGCGCAGGCGGACACGCUGCGCGGCCAGAUUGAUUCCGUGAAGCUCCACAUCGACGCGACACAGGGGCUGCUGAGAAAGUCCGAGGACAGGAUCCACACUCUGGAGGGCGAGCUGGACAAGGCCAAUGACGAGUCAAACGUGCGCGAGGAGGCGUGGGAGCUGCUGCAGCAGCAGUGGGAGGCGCUGUCAGACCAGCUGGACGAGGAGAUCAGCAAGCUGGAGGACGAGCUGACCCACGUGAAGGACGCCAAGCCGCACGCGCACCACGAGUUCCACAGGCCCAAGCAUGUGGAGCACGCGCCCAACCAGUACGAGCACCACUACCAGCAGCUGCGGGAGCACGCCGGCCACCACCAGGGCGCACCCCACGACCAGGCGACCGGCCAGCAUCAGCCGCCCCACCUCCACGGCCAACACCACCAGCAGCAGCAGCACGUCCCUCAUCAGCAGCAGAACCACCAGCAGCAGCAGCAGCAGCAGCAGCAGCAGCAGCACUCCGGCCACGCAUCGGCACCCGUGCCGGCCCCUGUGCCGCAGCCGCCUAACCAUGCUGGCUGGGACCACAGGGGGCACCACGACCACUAUCAGGACCACCACGGCCACGGGCAUGGCCAUGGCAAGGGCCAGGUGCAUGAGGACAUCACGCAUCAGCAGCAGCACCAGCAGCACCAGCAGCACCAGCAGCAUCAGCAGCAUCAGCAGCACCAGCAGGGGCCGCCCCAGCCUGGUCAGCCGGGGCACCUUGACCACCAGCAGCCGCCCCAGGCGGGGGCCGCGCACCAUAACGGCCACCAUGUCAUCAGUGAUUUGGGCAUGAAGCUUGGGAUAUGA